AUGGAUCAGCAACCUCCCGAAGUCCCGGCUCAGUCCAGUCAAUUGCCACCGUCCAUGCCGGACCCAGGAGAAAGCAUAUUGGACAUGAAUGCUUCCGAUAAUUGGUUGGUCGAACAGUCUAGUCUUGACUGGAGAUCUUUGAACGACUUUUACUUCUGUUCACCGAGUCCGGCGGACACAGAAUGGUCGCAAUGGGAGGAUCCCAUGCUGCCCCCCAUGCCUUCUUCAACCGUGAUUCAACCGAAUCAGAUGGAUGUACCAAUGCAACAACUUCAAAAUACCGCUUCGUCGCCUCUUUUAAUGAACCCAAUCAACACACGGGCUUUUGGCAACGUCUCGCAGUGGCUUGACGGGGCAUAUCGUCCCUCCGUUCCUUGCAGCCACUGCCGCAGACACAGGCUACAGUGUCUGAUCAUUCGCACUGCACCAGCAAAUCCGAAUCCCAUCACGUCUUGUUCCAGCUGCGUGGCCCUGUUUCGAGAAUGCAGCUUAGCCAAAGGAGAAAAGCGCCUUCCAUCUGGCUUCGAAACAUUCUCCCCCGUGCUAGGCCAUCUGCACGGCGUGCCCGAGCACACGGAAGAUGGAGUGAUUAAACAAGAACAACCCGUCAACCAAAUAGAAUCCCCCACAGAACGCAUAGAAUCGAAGCAGUUUAUCCGAAAAGGCGCGCGCGUGCUACGGGAAUGGUUCUCACAGAACCAAACGCACCCAUAUCCCAGCGAAGCCGAAAAGGCACAACUCUCUCGUGAAACGGGAUUCUCCGCGAAACGAAUUUCAACGUGGCUCGCCAAUGCGCGCCGGCGGCAGAAGCAGAAACUGCAGACCUUGUCCGUCCAUGCAGACUCGCAUUUUCGAGCCGGUUCUCCCAUGGUCACUAGUACACUGGCUUCUAUGUUGACCCCGAUGGAACGUUGGCAGGCGUCUCCGCCAGAAGAUGAGCCGGUUUCUGAGUCUGCUAUCCAGGACGCUAUUGCUUCGGAGUCGAUGGAGGCUCCGCUUGACAUAAUGGACCCGUUCUCUAUUGAUGGGUCGGCAAUGGAUCUAUUCAAUUUCGAGGAUUCGUCUUCUCAUUUACCCUCCUCUGCCUCUAGCUUUGGGAGUAGGGCAUCCGAGACCUCCGCAUCGGAUAGUGUCUCCUCGGCAUGGAGCUAUCAAUCCUCUGGAGGAGAAGGGGCCUUUCUACCGUUCCCACUCAUCCCUAAGAGAAACACAACACACCGAAAACGACAUAAAGACCGAGCAUCUACAUCUCAAAAUGUGCACCAAUAUCAAUGCACAUUCUGCACACAGUCCUUCCGCAAGCGCCACGACUGGACCCGGCACGAGAAAAGCGUGCACCUCCCACUGGACUUCUGGGUCUGUACGCCCUCUCUCGACGAUUUGCACCGGGGCCUAGAAACGGAAACCAAAUCCCAGUCACAACCAAGCUCAUGCCCAUUCUGCGAAGUUACAUCCCCCACACCAGGCCAUUUGGAAGAACACGAGUUCGCCGUGUGUGCGGAGAAACCCAUCCCAGAGCGCUCGUUUAGCCGCAAGGACUACCUAUGGCAACAUCUGCGCAAGUUCCACGGGUGUACGAUACCGCCAGUUCCUGAUCUGGAUGUCUGGCGCAGCAGCGGUGGCAUUGUUCGCAGCCGGUGUGGGUUUUGUGGGUGUGCUUUGCCGAGUUGGAGGGUGAGGGCUGAUCAUUUGUCGGAGCAUUUUAAGAACGGGGCGAGGAUGGAGCAGUGGGUGGGUGAUUGGGGACUAGAUGCGGCGGCAAUGGGUGUUUUGAGGAAUGUUGUUCUACCUGCUCAGAGGGGACAGGGUGAUUCCUCUGCUUGA